AUGAAAAAAAUUGUUUUUCUACUUUUACUUAUAAUUUUUACAAAUUUGGUUUAUGGAACAAUCAAAAUAAAUGAUAACCAAGAAAAUGAUGUAAAACAACCAACUGUAAGAGAAUCAGCAAGCAAGACAAAACCAAAUUUUUUGACAGAUUUACUACAUGGUCUUGGGGAUGUUCUGGGACAUCUGGUUAAUUUCAAAGAGCACGCUUUAAAUGUUAAUUUGGGUCAAACAGUGGACGAUCUACUGAAAGCUGUUGGUCGAUUGCUAGGAAAUCUCACACAUAACGAAGGUGCAACUCUAUUAACCAAUGAGUUGGAUACACUUGAUCUACUAUUGAACUUGGAAGAGAGAAUCAAAGCUAAAGAGUUUGAAAUUGAACUUAGAAAACAACUAAAAUAA